AUGGGAAGUAAAUGUUGUCGAGACGAUAAUAUACAAAUAAAAGGUUUGAGUACAGAAAUUUCAUGUAGAUGAAAUAUAAACAGCUCAGAAUCCAGAUGUAACUGUACCACCAGGUCCCAAAUAAAAAGAAUCACUUUCCUAAUAAGGAAGCAAAAAUUCUCAAGGUUAGGAAUUGAAGGCUCCAAUUGAGAAUAAGUAGAAUGAAUAUGCGUUAGAGAGUGAAAUACAUAUAGAAAAGGAAUAAAAACAAGUUGUUUCUGUAGUUUAGGAACAAUAAUCAAAAAUUUCAGAGAUAGUUUAAUCUCAAAAAAUGACCAACGAAUAGAGUAAUCAAUAGUUUGUAGAAAUAGUUAAAAAUGAAGUAACAAGUAUAAAUUAGGAAGACAAUUGUGCUAAAUCAAUCACAAAAAAAAUGAAAUUAGGCGUUGAGACAUUUGUAUAAUCAAAAGUUGGGUCAAUUGGGACACAUUACAAUUUUGGAAAGGUUUUAGGAUAAGGUGCCUUUGGUAAAGUUUGGAAAGUAACUCAUAAAACAACUGGUCUUAUUCGAGCAAUUAAACAAAUUAAAAAGAGCUCUAUAAUUAAAGAAGAAGAAUCAAGAUUAUUUUCUGAGAUGAAUAUUUUAAAGAACUUAGACCAUCCUCAUAUAGUAAAACUAUUUGAAUUGUUUCAAGAUGAAAAUAAUUAUUACUUAGUGACUGAGUAAUACAAUUGAAUCAAUAUAGAUAUUUAUCAGGGGGAGAAUUAUUUGAUAGGAUAAAAAAGAUGUCAACAUUUAGUGAGAGUAUAGCCGCAGAUUACAUUAGAUAAAUUCUAUUAGCAACAGUACAUUGUCAUGAAAAAAAAAUUGUACAUAGAGAUUUAAAACCAGAAAACAUUAUUUUUAUAAGUGAAGAUCCACAAUCUUAACUAAAAGUCAUUGAUUUUGGAACAUCAAGAAAAUUUGAUAAUUAAAAAGCAAUGAGUAAAAGAUUAGGAACAGUAUUAUAUAAUAUUUAAAUCAGCCCUAUUAUAUAGCACCUGAAGUUUUGGGUCAUUCUUAUACAGAAAAAUGUGAUAUCUGGUCAUGUGGUGUCAUAUUAUAUAUUUUAUUAUGUGGUUAUCCUCCAUUUGUUGGUAAAACAGAAAAUCAAAUUUUAGAGAGAGUUAAAAUUGGUAAAUUUACAUUUGAUCGUAAAAUAAAUUUAUUAAGUUUUAGCUGAGGAUUGGGAUUCCAUUUCAAAAGAAGCUAAGGAAUUUAUUACUAAAUUAUUGAGAAUGGAUCCUAAUAAAAGAUUAUCAGCUAAAUAAGCCUUAGAAGAUCCUUGGCUUGCUAAAUAUGCUCCUUCAACUUAAGUUAAUAGAAAAGUUCUCGAUAAUAUUCGUUAAUUUUAAGUAAAUCAUUUUAAUUAAACUAAUAUAGGCAUAAACUGUAUUAAAAUAAGCAUUAAUGUCUUAUAUGAUAACAUAAAUGUCAACUUAAAAAGAGAUUUCAGAGUUACAAAAAGAGUUUUAGAGAUUAGAUAUAAAUAAUGAUGGAUUUUUAUCAAAAGAUGAAUUUCUUAAAGGUUAUCUUUAGAUAUAAAAUGAUCUCAAAUUAGCUGAAGUUGAAGUUGAAAAAAUAUUAGAAAUGAUUGAUAUUAAUUAAUCAGGUUUGAUAGAUUUUUCAGAAUUUUGUAUGGCAGCAAUGAAUUAAGAAAAAUUGCUUUCUGUUUAAAGAAUUGAAUAGGCUUUCAAAAUAUUUGAUUAAGUAUUUCAAUUUUUAAUAAAUUAGAAUGGAGAUGGAUUUAUUUCUAAAAAAGAAUUAGAAGUUAUAAUGGGAGAUUUAGGAGAUGAUGUAUGGAAUUAAAUACUUAGUGAUUGUGACAAUAAUGGAGAUGGAUAGAUAUCAUAUGAAGAAUUUGUAAAAAUGCUAAAGAAUAAAAAACUUUGA